CGGGCCCUUGAGGCGGCGCUGAGGCGAGGCGAGGCAGCCCCAUGGAGGAGACGGCGGCGGCGGCGGCGGCUGAGGGACGCGCCCGGCACGGGCCGGAACCUCUGGCAAUUAUGUUGUCGCCUGGGCGCACCUUGAUCGCUGGAGGCUUGAGAACAUAGCUGAAGCUGCUACUUCAUACCCAAAGGCUGAGGGAGCAGACAAGAGGCUUGAACCUUGAGGUGGGUCGUUAACUCUAAGAUGUCCUUGAGCAGUGGAGCUUCCGGAGGGAAAGGAGUGGAUGCAAACCCUGUUGAGACGUAUGACAGUGGGGAUGAAUGGGACAUUGGAGUAGGGAAUCUCAUCAUUGACCUGGACGCGGAUUUGGAAAAGGACCAACAGAAAUUGGAAAUGUCAGGCUCCAAGGAGGUGGGGCUACCAGCACCGAAUGCUGUGGCGACACUGCCGGAGAACAUCAAGUUUGUGACCCCAGUGCCAGGUCCACAGAGCAAGGAAGGCAAAUCCAAAUCCAAACGGAGUAAGAGUAGCAAGGACAGUGGAAAGGCUGCCCCAGGAUCCUCCCUGUUCACUCCAAGUGAAGGGACCAGUGGCAAGAAGGAGGUUCAGGGGCGCCCUGGGGAUGGCGUGAACUCUGGUGGCUUGGUGGCUGCCAUUGCCCCAAAGGGCUCUGAGAAAUCGGCCAAGGCUUCUCGCAGUGUGGCCAACUCAAAGAAAGAAAAGGAGGGGGGUUCGUCCAAGAGUAAGAAGGAAAGGAGUGAGGGUGCGGGUGCUCCAACAGAAAAGGAGCCCAGUGUACUUCAGCCUCUUGCCUUGGCUGUCAGGGUUGGGCAGUAUGAUGGUGGCCAAGGAUCAGAGCCUGCUGCUGCUGCUGCUGCUGCUGAGCAGCUUGGAAGUAUAGCUAUUGACACAGGAUCUGCACUCAAUCCUUUGGGAGUUAAGUCGGAGCUGGAAGAUGGUGACAGUGAAUGCCGACAGCUCAAAAAAGUCAAAUCGGAGAAGAUGGAAUCUCCAGUGUCCACCCCUGCAGUGUUACCGUUGCAUCUUCUUGUCCCUGUUGUCAACAAUGAUAUCUCAUCGCCAUGUGAGCAGAUAAUGGUACGCACUCGCUCUGUAGGGGUGAACACCUGUGAUGUGGCACUGGCUACUGAGCCAGAAUGUUUGGGCCCCUGUGAACCUGGCACCAGUGUCAACCUGGAGGGCAUCGUGUGGCAAGAGACAGAAGACGGAAUGCUGGUGGUGAAUGUCACCUGGAGGAAUAAGACUUACGUGGGGACACUACUGGACUGCACACAGCAUGAUUGGGCACCACCCAGGUUCUGUGAUUCUCCCACCAGUGACCUGGAGAUGCGAAAUGGCCGAGGGAGGGGCAAGCGCAUGCGGCCCAACAGCAACCCUCCCAUGAACGAAAGCACAACCGCCUCGGAUAGCAAAGGGACAAGCAACAGUAGCAAGACCCGAGCAGGGGCCAACAGCAAAGGGCGGCGAGGCAGCCAGAACUCCUCGGAGCACCGCCUCCCGCCCAGCGGCACGCCUGAAGAUGUCAAGGCCAGCCCUUCAUCAGUGACCAAGCGGAAGAGUAAACCCCUCUCUGACAUGGAGGUGAAUUCCAGUUCCGAGGACUCGAAGGGAAGCAAGCGUGUCCGUACGAACUCCAUGGGCUCGGCUGCCACGCCUCUGGUGGUGGCUGCAGCAGCUGCUGCAGCAGUAGCCACAACAACAGUCAAGGUGGAGCCCGCCAUUCUGGAUAGGAACUGUCCCUCCCCCAUACUCAUUGAUUGUCCUCACCCCAACUGUAGCAAAAAGUACAAGCACAUCAACGGGCUCAAAUAUCACCAGGCCCACGCACACACCGAUGAUGACAGCAAGCCUGAGGCUGAUGGGGAUAGUGAGUAUGGAGAGGAGUCAUCUCUUCCAGCUGACCUGGGCAGCUGCAAUGGUGCCUCUGCUAGCCAGAAGGGCUCUCUGUCCCCUGCUCGAUCGGCCACCCCCAAAGUGCGGCUGACAGAACCACACAGUCCCUCACCAUCAAGCAAGUUCAACCCCAAGGCUUCUUGCAAGAAGAAGCUGGGUGGUGAAGGAGACCCUGACUCUGGUGCUCUGUCCAACGAUGGCUCCGAGGAUGGCCCUUUGGUAGCUGAUGAGACGAGCAACGAUGGCUUUGACUCUAUGGAGAAGAGGAGCAGCGACAAGGAGAAAGCUAAAAAACCUGUCAGCAUCAAGCCCGAGAAGAUCUCUUCAAAGAGCAUCAAGGCCGCCCGACCCAUCGCCCCAGCCAUCCCGCCUCAAAUCUACACCUUUCAGACGGCCACAUUCACAGCCACCAGCCCUGGCUCCUCCACAGGCCUCACCACCACAGUGGUUCAGGCCAUGCCCAACAGCCCCCAGCUGAAGCCCAUCCAACCCAAGCCAACUGUAAUGGGAGAGCCUUUCACCGUCAGCCCAACACUAACCCCUGUCAAGGACAAGAAGAAGAAGGAUAAGAAGAAGAAAGAGUCCAAGGAGAUAGAGAGCCCCUUGACUCCUGGGAAAGUGUGUCGGGCCGAGGAAGGCAAGAGCCCCUUCCGGGGAGAGCCCAGCGAGCUUGGGGCGAAAGGGGAGAGCCUUCUGAAUGGCUCUUCCGACCCUCACCAGAGCCGCCUUGCCAGCAUCAAGGCUGAGGCGGAUAAGAUCUACAGUUUCACUGAUAAUGCCCCAAGCCCCUCCAUUGGCGGUGCCAGCCGACUAGAUAGUGCAGCGCCCACCCAAACCAUGACUCCACUUCACGUUGUCACCCAAAACGGUGCUGAAGCUAGCUCUGUGAAAACGAACAGCCCAGCCUAUUCUGACAUCUCGGAUGCAGGGGAGGAUGGCGAAGGUAAGCUGGACAGCAUGAAGGCAAAGGACCCUGAGCAGCUUGCCAAGGAAGGGGCCAAAAAAGCCCUCUUUCCCUCUCAGCCUCAAAACAAGGAGUCUCCUUACUAUCAGGGCUUUGAGACGUACUACUCACCAGGCUAUGCACAGUCAAGUCCCGGCCCCAUUAAUCCCAGCAGCCAAGCCAGCAUAGAUGGUCAGACCCUGAAGCUGAAGAAAGAUGAGGAGCCACCAAGCCCAGAGGUGAAGGUGAAGAACGAAGCUUGUGAGGAGAAGAAGGCUGAGCUGGGCCCCUCCAGCCAGCAGCCGUCCGUCAUCCAACAGAGAUCCAAUAUGUACAUGCAGUCCCUCUACUAUAACCAGUAUGCCUAUGUACCUCCUUACGGCUACAGUGAGCAGGGCUAUCACGCCCACCUGCUCAGCACUAAUCCCACCUACCGGCAGCAGUACGAAGACCAGCAAAAGCAGCGCCAGAGCCUGGAGCAGCAGCAGCAGCAGCAGCAGCGUGGCAUGGACAAGAAAGUGGAGCUGGGGCUGAAAGAGAGAGAGGUGGUGCUCAAGGAGGAGUGGAAGCAGAAGCCGUCUCUCCCUCCUACUCUGACCAAAGCGCCCAGCUUGACUGACCUGGUCAAAUCCGGACUGAGCAAGGCCAAGGAUCAGGGGGCUGACAUGGCCAAGUCGGUUAUCAUCCCCAAGUUGGAGGAUUCCUCAAAGCUCCAAGGCCAGGCUGCAGAAGGCCUCAAGGGGAAGUUAAGUGAAAGCCAUCUUGGCAAGGAGGCAGCAGAGUCAAAGGCGGGUUUGGACUGUGGCCGGCAGGCCGAGGUGGACCCGGUGCUCUGGUACAGACAGGAGGCCGAGCCUCGCAUGUGGACCUAUGUUUAUCCUGCUAAAUAUUCUGACAUCAAGACAGAGGAUGAGCGGUGGAAAGAAGAGAGGGAUCGGAAGUUAAAGGAGGAGAGGAACCGUGGCAAAGAGUCCAUUUCUAAGGAGGAUGGGAAGGAGAGCACGAGUGCCGACUGCAAAGUGCCCUCCAGCGAAGAGUCACGCUUAAUGGGGAAGGAGACGAGACCCAGCACCCACGUACCGGUGUCCUCGCCCCUCAGCCAGCACCAGUCCUACAUCCCUUACAUGCACGGCUACUCCUACAGCCAGUCGUAUGACCCCACCAACCCCAGUUACCGUGGCAUGCCCACUGUCAUGAUGCAGAACUACCCAGGCUCUUACCUGCCCUCCAGCUACUCAUUCUCCCCGUAUGGUAGCAAAUCUUCUGGGAGCGAGGAGAGUGAGAAAUCCCGAGCCAGCCCCAGCAUGGGCUGUAAAUCCAGCUCUGAGUCCAAGGCCCUGGACAUCCUGCAGCAGCACGCCAGCCACUACAAGAGCAAGUCCCCAACGAUAGGCGACAAGGCCUCUCAGGAGCGCAGUGGCUGUGGGGUGGGAGGAAGCAGUGCAGGCUGCAGCGGUGUAGGGGGAGCCGGUGGUGCUGAGCGAAGCGUUGACCGGCCCCGCUCCUCUCCUUCACAGCGUCUGAUGUCCACACAUCACCAUCAUCACCACCUGGGCUACUCCUUGCUGCCAGCCCAGUAUAACCUGCCAUAUGCAACAGGUCUCUCCUCUACAGCCAUUGUUGCCAGUCAGCAAGGCUCUGCUCCUUCCUUAUACCCCCCGCCCCGGAGGUGAAAAUGGACACGGUGCGAUCAGAUAUCCUAGGCUAUACCAAGCCAUGUGACUGGCUCACAUGAGGAAGCGCUGGAAAUUGCAUUAGACAUCAGUUGAAUGGUGUUGAUUGUUCUGCUUGAUGGUCCUGCCAUAAUGUGAGGCAGGCUCUGCCCCCUCCCCUAUUGAACACAAGCUGAGCCCCAUAUGUGUGAGUUGUGGAGCUGGGACUUGCAGAAAUAUUUAUUCGCCUGACUUGGAGUUGACUGGCCAAUUUCCAGAACUCCUCUGAAGCGGGGACUUCAUGGUGGUGGGUCAAGCAAUGCAGCCUCACAGGACGUUUGGAAUGGCUGGGGAGGGGAGGGUGCAUGAGCCCUAGGGUUCCAUCCAUGGCUCUCUUGCUGCUCAGCAACAGCUACUCCAGGGUUGGCUGAAGGCGAAGAGAACAUCCAGAUUGUGUGAUUAGUGAUAAGUGGUCACCUGGCACAAGCAGGCAGGCAGGCAGUCUCCUGCAAAGACCACAGGAAAGAGCUGGUGUUCCUGCCUCAAUGUGGGGA